AUGCCUUCACCAGUAGUGCUCACUCGGUCCGCGCCGGCACGGGCCCUCAACAUCAAGAUGUUUGAUCGGCGUCUAAAAGGCCUCCAACGAUGCCUCGUUGACGCGCCGGCGUGUGACCUUCACAAGCUAUGCGCCGAGCAGAUGCUGGACCGCCGCGCUUUUGUAAGGCGUGAGACACCUGUGGUGUUGGAAGUCGGUGCUCACACUGGCUGGUUCUUUCGUCACAUGCUAGAGAAGAAACAGUUCUUUGGGCUGAAGCAGUACAUUCAAACAGAUAUCUGCGAAGAGCGGCUGAAUCGCAACUACGAGGAAGUGAAAGGAAUUAUUCCGCCAGAGGUGGAGUUUGUACAAAUUUGCUGUGACGAGGAGGAGACCGACCCAUUCGGCAUCCCGGAGCGAACAGUGGACAUGGUGGUGUCGUGCCUCUCCAUGCACUGGGUUAACGACCUGGAGACGGCGAUGGUAAACAUCCGCAAAAUCCUCAAAAAGGAUGGCUUUAUGUUGCAUUCCAUGUUUGGUGGCAAUACGUUGUACGAACUGCGUGGUUGUCUCUCCAUGGCGCAGACUGAAGUACUCGGCGGGGUGUCACCUCAUAUAUCGCCCAUGAUCGACGGGGCCGGUCUCUCGACGCUGGUGCUGCAGGCGGGUUUCAGCCUGCCGAGCAUUGAUGUGGACCGUCACCUGCUGCUUUACCAAACACCCUUUCAUCUGAUGGAGCAUAUAUCGAAUAUGGGGGAAAGCGCAUGCCAUUACAUGCGUCGUCCCCUAAACCGUGACGUGUUGUUGGCCGCCUGUGCAAUUUACGAAGUGAUGUACAAGAAGAAUCAACUCAUCCCAGCAACAUUCGAGGUGUUCCAUACCAUUGCAUGGAGCCCUAGCCCGACACAGGCGAAACCGCUUGAGCGCGGCAGUGGUCAGGUGCCUCUUUCCAGCUGGAAUUCACGGAACAAAAAGCGACUCCAGGAGGUGCUCGAUGAGUUUGCGCAGAACCCCGACAACGAGGAGCUACAAGAAAAGGCAGAAGAUCUGUUCAAGCAGCUCCGUGAAGAGAGCGCGGCACUUCUGACGCAGAAGGGUCUUGACGUGCGCGGACUUGAUGGCAACCGUGAUGAAGAGGCGCGGGAGAUGGAAAAGCUCAAGCCUGAUCCACCGUUUCAGAAGAGUGAGGGGAGUAAGAGCGAGUAG